UUUUCAUACUUAAGAGGGUUUUUUUCCCAUGAAUUGGUCAGUAUAUAAAUGGGGGAGACUGGUGAUUUUGAGAUGCAGAUUCACUUGUUUUUCCUAGAGAGGUUUCAGAUUGGAUUAAACUUGAAGAAAGGUUGAAAAACUAUUAUGGAUUCGGAUAACAUGACUAAAUCUGAUGGUUCUGAUGAGAUGGUUAUCCGAGAGGUCAAAGAGCUAGAGCCUGAAACAAGUGUUUCAGUCAAGAGUAUGGUGUUGGAUGGAGAGAAACCUUUACCCGCCCCAGCGAUUUUGUUCUCUCCAAGGCCUGUUAGCGAGCUUGAUGCUGCAGCAGUUAAGCUGCAGAAAGUUUACAAGAGUUACCGGACAAGAAGGAACCUUGCAGAUUGUGCUGUAGUUGUUGAAGAGCUCUGGUGGAAGGCAUUAGACUUUGCAAGGCUGAAGGAGAGCUCUGUGUCCUUCUUUAACACCGAGAAACCAGACACUGCUGCUUCGCGUUGGAGACGGGCUGGGACUAAGUCAGCAAAGAUUGGGAAUGGCUUGUCCAAGGAUGGGAAGGCUCAGAAACUAGCCAUCACACAUUGGCUUGAAGCUAUUGAUCCACACCAUCGUUAUGGGAACAAUCUAAACUUGUAUUAUGAUGUCUGGUUCUCUAGGGGGACCUCCCAACCUUUCUUCUACUGGUUGGAUGUUGGAGAAGGGAAGGAAAUAAACAUUGAAAAUUGCCCAAGAACUGUUCUACAGAAACAAUGCAUCAAGUACCUUGCUCCAAAGGAGAGGGAAGCAUAUGAAGUUGUUAUAGACGAUGGGAAGCUAGUGUAUAGGCACAGUGGGGUGCUUCUGAAUACUGUUGAGGGUUCCAAGUGGAUUUUUGUCCUGAGCCCCUCCAGGAAUAUGUAUGUAGCAGAAAAGAAGCAAGGCCAGUUUCAUCACUCUAGUUUUCUCGCUGGAGGUGCUACCAUUGCAGUAGGACAACUUGUUGCCCACAAUGGGGUUCUCCAGGCUAUACGGCCCUACAGUGGUUAUUAUAACCCGACAGAGGAGAACUUCAAGGAGUUAAUUAGCUUCCUGGAGGAGCACCAUGCAGACUUGACCAAUGUUAAGGUAAAUCCCUGAUGGCUAUCAUUUACAUUAGGGAUUGCCUCAACUUCAUGGGUGACUGCUGCAUCUGAAAGCCCUUUAGGGCAUGGAAUCCAAAUGAUUAUAAGGAUUUUUCGAGUUUGUAUGAUGCUUUGGAAUUUGAGCAAAUUAAGAGAUUGUUGGAAAGUCUCAAAUUCUCUAUUGAAUUGAUUUGUAAGUUUUUUUUUCUAUGUUUUUCUAAUAAAAUAUAUUCUUAUGAGGGACUUUUCUAUCAAUAUAAGAAAAGUGUGGCAAUGGGAUUGAAAGA